AUCUUUAUUCAUGGCCUUUGUGAGAAAGUCCAGUGAAAUUUGGUCAUAUUUCACUGCAAGUGAUGAGUUUAUUGCGACUUGCAAUAUUUGCAAGGGAACAUUUUCUUAUAAAUCAUCAAUUACUAAUUUGAAAAAACAUCUGAAUCGUGUUCAUCCGACAGUGCUAUAUAAUAUUGAAAGGCAAAAAGAAUGCUCAUCCAUAGAAAUCAGCGAUGUUGAAAUACCGAACAACGACAUGGAAAUCAACAUCACGAACGAAAUAAAACGAAAACUCCAACAAAGUAAGAUUUUUCAGUUCGCAACUAAAAAGUUGUGUUUCGACGAAAAGCGGAAAAUUGAUGACGUUUUAAUGAACUUGUUCAUCACUGACUUUCAACCAUUUAGUGUGGUUGAAGAUGAAGGUUUUAAAGAAUUUGUAAAAGCAUUGAAUCCUGCCUACCAGCUACCGAGCAGAAAAACUCUUUCAGCUAGUUUACUGACAAAGAAGUAUGAG